AUGGAGAAGGAGGAAAAGGAGGUGGAGGAUGAAGAAGAUGAAGGUGUUGGUACCGAAGAGGAAGAGGAAUUAAGAUCAAAGGACGAUGAAGAACAAGAGGAGGAAGAUACAACAGCAGAUGAGGUCCAGGAAGAAGAGCAGGAGGCGCAGAAACAAGGAGCUGGAGAAGAUGAAAAGGAGGAUGAGGGGGAGGAGGCGGAGAAGGAGACCGAGGCUGAGGAGGAGGAGGAGGAGGAGGAAACCAUUGCAGAAGUUUUGCUGGAAGAGGAGGAGGAGGAAGAGGAGGAGGAGGAAACCGAAGUAGAAAUUUUGCUGGAGGUCGAGGAGGAGGAAACCACAACUGAAGAUUUGCUAGACGAGGAGGAAGAAACCAAAACUGAAGAUUUGCUAGACGAGGAGGAGGAGACCAAAACUGAAGAUUUGCUAGACGAGGAGGAGGACGAAAAGGAAGACAUUGAACAAAUAGAUAUUUUCGUUGAUGAAGACAAAUUAAUAUAUGACACUAAUGUCAUAUAUGAGAUUCUAGAAACUGACCAGGACCAUGAAGCUUCAGAGCUGGACGAUGGUGAAGUUUUUGAAAAGGAGGAGGAAAAACAGGAUGAGGAGGAGAGUGACGGGGAGUUGGAGUAUGAUGAAGAUGAAGAUAAGGAGACAGAGCCAUCUGUUCAACAACUUGAUCUAAAAGUUCUGUCGGCUGAAACAGAGUUUAAUGCCAGUGCAGUAUCUGAAUUAGAUGAUGAGGAUGAAGUAGAAACAAUGGUUCAUGACCUAGACGAAUACUCUGACAUCAUCUACGAUCAAGAUGAAAACAACAACAACAGUGAGAGUGGAAAAACUGAACCGAAACGAAAGAGGAAAGUUCAUAUUCCCUUUGAGAGGCUCAGGAGAGUCGGAUCCAGAGUUGAAAGUCUUCACAAGCGUCAGAAAGAAGAAGAGACUAAAAAGAAAGAAGAACCAACACCUUCUGUAGAGGAAAAAGAUGCAAAGCCAGAGUCCAGAAAAAAGGCAGCGAUAAAGGAGCGUUCUAAAAAAGGACAAAUCAAACUUUUAAAAGAAAAAACAGAGGAGAAGGAGGACAAGAAAAUACGCAAGGAUGAAGAAAAAAUCAAGAAACCACCUAAAGAGAAAGAAGUAAGGAAGCCUUCUCCAGAAGAAAAAGAAAUCAAACAGCCAUUGAAGAAAGAGAAAGAAGCCAAGAAACCUGCUAAAGACGAGACUGAAGUCAGGAAACCAUCCAAAGAAGAAAAAGAAGCAAAGAAACCACUUAAAGAAGAAAAAGAAGUCAAGAAACCAUCUAAAGAAGAAAGAGAAGUCAAGAAACCAUCCAAAGAAGAAAAAGAAGUCAAGAAACCAUCCAAAGAAGAGAAAGAAGUCAAGAAACCUCUAAAAGAAAAGAAAGAAGACAAGAAACCAUCCAAAGAAGAGAAAGAAGACAAGAAACCAUCCAAAGAAGAGAAAGAAGACAAGAAACCAUCCAAAGAAGUCAAAAAACCAGCCAAAGAAGAGAAAGAAGUCAAGAAACCAUCCAAAGAAAAGAAAGAAGACAAGAAACCAUCCAAAGAAGUCAAGAAACCAUCCAAAGAGAAAGAAGUCAAGAAACCUCUAAAAGAAAAGAAAGAAGACAAAGAGAAAGAAAUCAAGAAACCACUUAAAGAGAAAGAAGUCAAGAAACCUCUUAAAGAAGAGAAAGAAGACAAGAAAGAAGUGAAGAAACCAUCCAAAGAAGAGAAAGAAGUCAAGAAACCAUCCAAAGAAGAGAAAGAAGUCAAGAAACCAUCCAAAGAGAAAGAAGUCAAGAAACCAUCCAAAGAGAAAGAAACCAAGAAACCAGCUAAAGAUGAGAGAGAAAUCAAGAAAGCCCACAAAGAAGUAGCAGAAGCUAUAAAGUCACAAAUAAACAGAAACGACUCCAUGACAAUACCUGAGAUAAAGAUACAAGUGAAGAAGAAAAUAUCUAUCCAGAAACUAUCCAGAGAAGAAAGAGAAGUCAAGAAACCAACAAAAGAAGAGAAAGAAGUCAAGAAACAUCUUAAAGAAGAGAAAGAAGACAAGAAAUCAUCCAAAGAAGAGAAAGAAGUCAAGAAACCAUCCAAAGAGAAAGAAGUCAAGAAACCUCUUAAAGAGAAAGAAGACAAUAAACCUCUUAAAGAGAAAGAAGUCAAGAAAACAUCCAAAGAAGAGAAAGAAGUCAAGAAACCAUCCAAAGAAGAGAAAGAAGUCAAGAAACCUCUUAAAGAAAGAAGUCAAGAAACCUCUUAA